GCCAUAUCUUUAUUUAAGAAACGCAGAAUCACGAAAAAUAAACAUUUUCAGGUAUAUCUCAAUAUGAGUAGUGCAUCAGGCCUGGUUGAGCUCGCUCAGAGCCUGAUCGAACAUGGUCCCCGCAAGACAAUGCAGACAUCUCGCCGCAUACGAGCCAUUCACAACCAUACCACUAUUGUGGAUACUACUCACGGAGUCUAUGUUUGGGAACAUGACAGUUUCCCCACUAUCUAUGUGCCGGUGGUUGAUGUGAAGAACGCGAAGCUGGUUGAUAAGAAGAACAUCUCGGUGGAGCUCAAAGAGAGGGCUGCGAUAGCUCAACUCGUGAUCCCAGCCCAUGAUAGUAUCAAGGAGGCAAAAGUGGACAAUGUUGUGCGCUUCUUUCAAGAUGUGACCCUUGGGGCACUUUCUGAUAUGGUGCGGGUUGAAUUUCGCAGUAUAGAUCAAUGGUUUGAGGAGGAUGAACCCAUCUUCGUCCACGCGAAAGAUCCCUUCAAACGCGUUGACAUCCUGCACUCCACACGUCCCAUUGAAGUCAAAGUCAACGGCAGAACAGUUGCGAAAGCUACAUCAUCCAUGCAUCUCCUCGAGACAGGUCUGCCGACUCGUUACUACCUUCCAUUGUCUGCUGUUGAUCAGACUGUCCUAUUGAAAAGCCCCGUCAGAUCUAAGUGUCCUUACAAGGGCGAGGCCGAAUACUAUAAUAUUGUCAUCGACGGAAAGACCUUUGAGAACCUGGUCUGGUAUUAUAACCACCCAACUCUUGAGAGCGCAGCGAUUGCACGACUUGUCUGCUUUUACAACGAGAAGGUUGAUAUCAUCUUAGAUGGUGAACUCCAGGAACGUCCCAGAACUAAAUUUGCAUAGUCUGACGGAUGACCUUACCUGUAAAAUUCAAUGCAGUAUCAUUCAUCUUUCACGAUGGUCAUGGUCAACUCUCGCCGCCCCUUUGUUGUUGAAAUCCACUAAAUUUAGC